UCACAAAAUGGCCAAAGGAUGUUUGGUUUGCGGGUGGACAUUGGCAUGCUGCUGGAGCCCCUGGGCUUCAUAAAGGUCCUUCAGUGGAUUUUUUCCAUUUUUGCUUUUGCAACCUGCGGAGGCUUUCAUGGUGAAACUACCCUUUUAGUUUCCUGUAAGGGUGUGGUGAACAAAACUGUAACAGCUGCUUUUGCAUAUCCAUUCAGGCUGAAUACUAUUGUAUUUAAUGCACCAGAUCCAAAACGCUGUGGUGGUACUUGGACUGACAGCUAUCUCGUGGGCAACUUCUCCUCUUCUGCGCAGUUCUUCGUUACACUUGCAGUGUUGGUAUUACUCUACUGCAUUGCUGCCCUUGUUGUUUACGUUGGAUAUAAGCAUGUGUAUCAACACAAUAGCAAGUUUCCACUAACUGACUUACUUGUCACUGUCAUAAUAACCUUUCUGUGGCUAGUCAGUACUUCUGCUUGGGCAAAGGCACUUGCUGACAUCAAAAUAUCCACGGGGGCCAGUAUUAUUUCACAAAUUGACUCUUGCAACGCACCAGGAACAACUUGUCACUUUGUUUCUGUGACUAGAAUGGGAACUCUGAAUGUGUCUGUGGUAUUUGGCUUACUUAAUAUGGUUUUGUGGGGAGGAAAUAUUUGGUUUGUAUACAAGGACACCAACUUGCACAACCAGUCAAACAAAAUUUCUCAAGUUGCAGGAAUGUAUCCAGCUCAAAGAAUAUGA